CCGGACUGCGCAUGUUCCGCCCAGCAGCGGCGCUUUAUCAACAGUGCGCAAGUCCGGCUGCUCUCGGUAACCCUCCUCGCCCGUGACGUCACUGCGCCGGAAGCCUCCAGGUCGGUGUCUCUCGGUGGCGUCGAUCCGCAUACAAAGGGGGAGGCAUCUGCUAUCGCUUGGUACAGGCCGGGCGGAGAGCUCGGGCCCCGGGCAUGACCUCGCUGUCUCCUCGGGCCUCCGCCGGGCGGAAAUGAGGCCAAGAUGUCGGUGUCUGGGCUGAAGGCCGAGCUGCGGCUCCUCGAGUCCAUAUUCGGGAAGGAGCACGAGAGGUUCCGGAUCAUCAGCUGGAGGCUGGACGAGCUGCACUGUGUGUUCAUCCAGAGCACGGGGGGCGCCCUGACCAUCCACUGCAACAUCACGGAAUCCUAUCCCUCUUCUGCACCAAUAUGGUUCGUGGAGUCAGAUGACCCUAAUCUGACCUCAGUUUUGGAGCGUUUGGAAGACAUUAAAAAAAGCAACACAUUGCUUCUCCAACAGCUCAAGCGUCUGAUUUGUGACUUGUGCAGACUGUACAACCUUCCUCAGCAUCCUGACGUUGAAAUGCUUGAUCAGCCUCUGCCCGCAGGACAGAAUGGAACUACAGAGGAGGUUACAUCUGAAGAGGAAGAAGAGGAAGACAUGGGCGAGGAUAUUGAAGACUUGGAUCAUUAUGAUAUGAAGGAGGAAGAGCCGGUUGAUGGAAAGAAGUCAGAGGAUGAAGGUAUUGAGAAAGAGAAUCUAGCCAUCCUAGAAAAGAUCCGAAAAAACCAACGACAGGACCAUCUUAACGUAAGUAAAAAUGGUGCAGUUUCUGGAUCCGUUCAAGCUUCUGAUCGUCUCAUGAAAGAGCUCAGGGAUAUAUACAGGUCACAGAGUUUCAAAACAGGAAUUUAUUCAGUGGAGCUUGUAAAUGACAGUCUUUACGAAUGGCAUGUUAAACUUCUCAGGGUUGAUCCUGACAGCCCAUUGCAUAGUGACCUUGUGGUUUUAAAAGAGAAAGAAGGUGUAGACUGUAUUUUACUCAACUUCUCCUUUAAGGAUAACUUUCCGUUUGAUCCUCCAUUUGUUAGAGUGGUUUCGCCUGUACUCUCAGGAGGGUAUGUGCUGGGAGGUGGCGCACUUUGCAUGGAGCUACUUACGAAACAGGGCUGGAGCAGUGCCUACUCAAUAGAAUCUGUUAUCAUGCAGAUCAAUGCCACCCUAGUCAAAGGGAAAGCACGUGUGCAAUUUGGAGCCAACAAGAAUCAGUACAACCUUGCACGAGCACAGCAAUCCUACAAAUCACUAGUACAGAUUCACGAGAAGAAUGGCUGGUACACUCCUCCAAAAGAAGAUGGGUAAAUGGAAAACCUCGGACCAAGAGUUCAAUUUUCUUUUCUAUUUCUUUCCAACACAGACCUACCAUUGCCCUUCUGGUCCUCUGUACAGCAUAUGUUAGCUAUUAGAUAAAUAAUAGGAACUCGGACCUGUAUAUUAGACCACGUCUGCUUCUCUUGAAAUGAGAGCCAUCUGCCUUUACUGAUAAGAGGCCACUCCAAAUAUUUUAAUGUCCUAUUUAAAUCAGGCAGUAUAGCUUAGUUACAUCCAUUCCACUUUUAUUAGAUUAUUGUAAAUUGCUUUCACUUUGUGUUUUUGUUUGUUUUUCCCAAUAUUCUGCUUUUUUUUUUGUUUUCUUCUUUUUUGCUUUGUAUAGUUUUUCAUUUAAAGCCAAACAAGCGUUUGAUACCGUUUAAUAACACCAAUAAGAAUGCAGUUUUAAGAUAUGGUUAAAGUAGUUUACUUUAGCUCUGAGUAAAAUCUUAAACAUUUAAAAAAGAAAAAAGAAAAAAAAAUUAAAAAUGCAAAAUGAUAAAAAAAAUAUAACUUUUUUGUAGCAUUGCCAAACUUCAUGUGUGAGAGAAGAUUGCAUUGUAUAUAAAGUCAUUAAGUAAUCCUUUAAGUGGCUUUUGGCAGAUUUAAGCUAUUUGGGGUUUCUGAUUAUUUUUCCCCCACACCUCCAUUAUUAUUUUUAUUUUUCUUCCUUUUGUUAAACAUUGUAGUUCAACUUGGACCAAACCGAAUUAAUGGCCAGGAAAUUUACUUUUUUAUUUAAGGAUCAAACCACAGGACCUCCUGUCACUUCUAUACAAAUGUAGGCACAUCUCUACUAUUUUAGAAGCUUAAGCAGGUGCUAAGAUUCGGCCCUUUUCUGUGCCUCAAGAGGUUUUUUGUGCAGUCCACCAACAAAGGAGUGUGUGAAAUAAGGAAAACAUCUUCCAAGCCUACAACUUUUUCAAGACAACAAUGUGAAUCUGGAUGUGGAAUCUUAUGCCUGCACCCUUGUUGUUGAAUGGCGUCAAUCCUACAACUCUAAACCUGUUUAAUAGACUGGUCAUUAUUUCAAUGUGGUCGUUUUGUGAGGCGAAUCUGUGCACAAGAAAGACAUGAUAGAAUAGUAUGGUUCUAUUUUCAAGCCAGGAUUUAUAUAUAUAUAUAUAUAUAUUUUUCCCUUUCCUCUGUUUAUUCUCCCCUUUAGUGCUGGAUCUUUGGUUCUAACCCAAGGAGCGUAUCACUCUGAAGCUUGAAGUAAUUUAAUACUAAACUUUUCUUAGUGUUGCAUUUUAUUAACGGGUUGUUGCAAUUGUUCUCUGAACUUCUAAAAGGAUUUUGUGCAGAAUCAAGAAUUCCACUAUAUAAAACCGUCAGACACAAGUCGUUCUAAAGCUUAGAUUUCUGGAUGAGUUGGAACACCACUUGGUUCUAAGCACAAUGAGGUUUAGAUACUUUGUGGACAAGAGACCUUUACGGGUCAUAUACUAGUUCUUACGAUUUCAAAUCUUGUUGCCUUUACCUUGCCAAAUUUGUUUGUGUGGGGUUUUUGUUUUAUUUUAGCUAGCCCCCCCUCCCCUCCCCUCCUGUACUUCUGCAAAGGUUUUGAUUCUUCAGCUUUUUUGAGUGAGCAACAUUGUUGCUUUACAAUCCAUCACACAUCUCUUGCACUCAAACUGUGCUUGAAGAUACUGACUUUGUGUAUAAUGUGGAAAAUACUGAAACGUGGUUUUUGUUUAUAUUUUUAAUAAAAACCUGAAGUAGAUUUGUAGGCAUUAUUUUUAUUUUUAUAUAGAUUUCUGUAUCACAUUUUCACCUGCAGUCAUCCGAUUUUUCUCAAACUCGCUUGUCUUGGCUGUGGAAAAAUAGCAUUUUGCCAUAAAGAAAAUGGCAAUCUUCCCCAUCAAAGUACUGCACCUCUUUUAUAUGUGAGAAAAACACUGCCUCUUGAAAUGUGGAACACUUAAUUGUGUUGGAGGGUAAUGUUUAGAUUAUUUCACUUAACAUAAAAAAAGUUGAGCCUAAAUAUGAGCACGGAUUCUGUCAAUCUUAUGAAAGUACAAUAGCAUAAUGCUUAUGAGAUUGUUAACCUGUGCCAUUCCAGUCUGCCUCCCUUUUUUUUUUUUUGGUCUGGAAUAACAGUCUGUGAUCUCAUGUGGGUUGUUCAGCUGCAGCAACAUCACCUGCCCUAAGCAGUAUCUCUGUAACCAUAUUUCGUGGUAUCUUUUCUAUGUCCGUGUUUAAAAAAUUAGAAUCUUGAUGGCAUGUGUGAGACCGAGGGUGACUGUUGGAACACGAACACUUCAAUGCUACUCCCUGGGAAUUAAAUGUAAUUUCUACCAUAAGUCCUGAACUUUGGUUCGUUGUGGAGGAUUUUCAACAAGUUACGAAAACCGUGGAUCAAGAAAAUGGGUGAACCCAGUGACCUGCAGUUUAUUUCUAGUAGUCAGUGGUUGAUAUUUUUGUCUUUAACCCCAUAAUACUUGCUGCUGUCCUGUCAGAUUUGUAAUGUGUGUCUGGUCAUUUUUAUUUUAUUUUUUUUCUGCUUGGCUUCCAAGAUAUGGUGGUUUUAAGCUUUCUAUUGGGCAAUGAUUGGGGAAAGCUCGUAAAACUUCCAUAACAUUGACUAUAUGCAAAGUUACUUCUAAUGGAUGUGUACAUGGAGCCUCCUGUUUUUGUAAGAAGCACAUUUUGAUUUCUUAUUUUGCUUGUACAGAUGAUGGGAGCUCUUAGACAUCCAUUCAUUGGAGCCUUAUCUUGAAAGGCAACAACUUUAAGAAUUAAAUCAAUCUGUUUAUUGGGUUAGAAGGUUGCUGAUUUGGCAUGCUUUUUUCUGUUUUUGGUUUUUUUGUUUUGUUUUUUUCAUUGCAGACUUAUUUGGCAAUGUACAGUAAUCUGUAAACUUGCAUCAAGUUUAUGAUUAAAGAACCAUUUUAAGAAAUA